AUGGGCGAUGAUGGUGAGCGAGACAUUCUUGUUGUUUGUAUGGUGACCGAGCACGUUGCUAUGAUAGAGCUCGACUUCAAGGAGGGUGACUGGGUCAAGGUGUCUGAAGAUGCGCCAUUGAAGAUGGCGAAGAAGGGGUGGAGCACUGGACUGAAACCAACGCUGGGGAAGGUUGGGAUGUUCGUGGAGGAAGUUGUGGCAGGAGGGCGAUUCUGUGUGGUCGACUUUAGCAUGACGCCUGGAAUCGAGCACCUGGGGCGGCGAGUCUUGCUGGGGUCCUGCCUAUCCUCGUCGCAACCUCUUGACGAGAUCUCCUUUGACGAAGUGCUCCCACCUCCUGCGGAGUACACGCAUCAGACCGUGAAGGAGGAAGUGCAAGUCCCUCGUGUGUCGAUCGAUGAUGAGAUUGCAAAGUUGGAGAAGCAGCUGAAAGAAUUGUUUUUGAAGGCAUCCGAUGCACAGAGAGCAUACAGCCUGGAAGGGGAGAACCAGUAUUCCAAGAUUCUGCAGGAGAUUGUGCAGUUGCAAGCAACCAUCAACCAGCUCAAGGCUCGGUGGUCGCAAGCAGACGUGCUCGACGAUGUACAGACCGAGCAGAGGAUAGGAUUCCCGCUACGCUCUCCCGAGGAUGUACGAAUUAUCGAUCCUCGUGGCGAGCAGCAGGAGAAGAUCAGGCAGAUAUCGCAGGCCAUCGCAGCGAGGUCUUUGAGGAAAGAACGUCUGCAGGAGAGAGUGGAGGAGAAGCAUCGACAGCCGGCUACAGCUUUGCCAGGCGUCGAACAGCCAGGCAACAAUCUCGUGGAUUACAUCAAGAGCGGAGAUCAGGCUCGCUCGUUCCAGGAAGCGAUGAGGGAGGUAGGGGCUGAGAUAUACGAAAAGUACAGGGAGAACCGGAGGAGGAAGAUGUCAGGCGAAGAGGGAGGAGAGCAGCGGGGAGACGAGCCCAGCUACGACGACGACGACGAGGAGGAGGGCGCGGAAAACGAAGAGAUCAUGUCGAUACUCCGGAACAUUCCAGGAUUGCAAGACGGCAGCUUCGAUUCCGUGAGACGAGACGCGAGCAAGGGUGGCGAUAGCAAGCCGCGCUGGAGCCCUUCGUCGCCGCCCAUAUGGAACUCCUUUCGACUCCCUCCUAACGUGUACAGUGGGGAAGUGGAGAAAGUGCUGGACAGAGCUGAAGUUCCAGUCUCUCAGAAGUGUCCUGCUGCGGCGGAAGAAGCUCUUCAAAAUGGUAUGCUCAAGUACUCCAACAAGAAGUCAAGAGAAGACGUGCUCGAUCACCUUUGGAAGAUCAAGGGCGAGCUAGUGCGCGAGUUGCACGAGAGGAGCAGGAAGGAGAUGCUCGUGAGGUUGAGCAGGAACACCAAGACGUAUCCCCCCGGAACUCGAUGGAUUGUCGAUGGGAAGCCUCUGGUGAAACGGCGCUACGAUGAGCGGGAGGACAAGUGGGUUGAGUACGAGGGGGAGGAGGAGGAAGUUGCGUUCUCCAUAACAUGGGAGGAUAAAGUCUUCAUCUUUCCUCCAAAUUCAAUGCACGGGGAGGAAGAAGCUUUGUCCUCCAUGACCCUCAGCUCUGUGUGGCAAGAAGCCAAGGAAUUCGAGAUGUUCCUCAACAACACACACGGCCCAUCCAUCCGCUCCACUGCUCUCAGACUGCGAGACAGAUGCAUGACGUGUCUUGACUUCAUCGACAAAGAGCUCACAUUAGCGCGAGAGAGGAAUGACGUCAUCUUCAUGGAGCUAGAAGGUGCUAUGAGGCACUUGUCAAGAUUGCACGUGAAGCUCAACUUCGUGUACGAGACCGCAAGCAGACCCACGUUUACUGAGGCCGAGGAGGAUCGCAAGUCAGUCCUGGCGAUUGAGGAGGUGGGAGCGUUUGCGGUCUCGUGGAUGCAGGGGCUAAAAGUAGACGGGAAUGAGCAGCGACAAGGACUGGAGUUGCUCUCCAUCUCCUCGAGCAUAUUGGAUGAGCGAGCGAUGGCGAUGGAUGCGCUGACGGUGCUGAAAUACCUCUCGGAGGACGAGCAGAGACGGAGAGAGAUUGCAGCGAGAGGAGGGAUCGAGGCGACUGUCAAGGCAGCCGGACUGAGGGUCCUGGUGAACCUAUCACAGGAGAAGCAGGGGGUGCGGAAGAUGUGCGCAGCAUGA